AUGUGGAACUCUGGCGGAUCUUUGCAGAUUACUCGUCAAAGUGUUGAGGAGUUGAGCAAAGGUCAGUCGGUGCUCAGUCGGGGGCUGCAGAGACCCUGCCCGGACUCGCUGCUCGCCGAGAUGGACGCCGUCGACGUGGUUUCCUACGAGGAGCGAAUCCACGUGAAAUCCGGGUUGAACCUGCAGCAGCACGAGGUGCCGAGCGGGAUGCCCAUCCUGGGGGACCCCAAAACCACCUGUUACCUCAACAACUGCUGCUUCAAGAGCCUCCUGCUGGUCUGCAUCCUCACCCUGGUCUGCUGCUCCUCGCUCACGCUGGUGCGGCGCUACCUGAAGGACCUGCUGCUGUGGGUGGAGAGCCUGGACAGCGCGCUGGGCACUCUGCUCUUCGUCCUGGGCUUCAUCCUGGUGUCCUUCCCCUGCAGCUGGGGUUACAUUGUGCUGAACGUGGCCGCCGGCUACCUGUACGGCUUCGUGCCGGGGCUGGGGCUGGUGGUGGUCGGGGUGCUGGUCGGGACUUUCGUGGCUCACGUCCUCUGCAAGAGGCUGCUGACGGCCUGGGUGUCCGCCAAGGUGCGGGGCAGCGACCGGCUGAGCGCCGUGGUCAGGGUGGUGGAAGGCGGCAGCGGGUUGAAGGUGGUGGCCUUGGCCAGACUCACCCCCAUUCCCUUCGGGCUGCAAAAUGCCGUGUUUGCGAUCACAGAUUUAUCUCUGCCGAACUACCUUGUUGCAUCUUCUGUUGGACUUCUUCCCACUCAGCUUCUGAAUUCGUACCUAGGGACUACCCUGCGCACAAUGGAAGAUGUUAUUGCUGAACAGAGUGUCAGUGGCUAUUUUAUAUUUAGCCUCCAGAUUUGCAUCAGCGUUGGACUGAUGUUUUACGUUGUACACAGGGCUCACACUGAGCUGGAUGCAGCCAUCUUGGCUUGCCAGAUCGAGCUGAAGACUUCAUUGAUUAAAGAAGGUCACUCAAACGGAACCAGCCUGACCUUCUGUAAUAAGAGGACUUCAGCAUUGAUGAGUGGGGUAAAUGUUGUGUGAAAGGAAUGGUUGGCAUAGAGUCAGGGAGCUGUAAGCUUGUCAGCCAUUACCAGUUGAGGUCAGUAGAGCCAUUGGUAAGUAUAGCUUCACACCAUGGACUUUACAGGAAACUUGUCAAUGGUAUGGUACUGAUGACUAACACAGCCAACAGAAUGGGGGUGACACACUGUAAAUCAUCAGUGUACGUACACAGACUAGUGGCUGGAGAGAAAGACAGUCACAAAGGGAGUCCACUUUAAAUCGUCAAUAAUAUACUCACGAACCAAACCCUCUGCCAGUGUUCUGAGCUGUGUGAAACCGGACUGUGAAAAAGGUAGCCUGUAACAUUCCUCUCUGUUCCACCAGUGCGAUGUCUGAUUCAUUUCUGCUCCUUUCUCUUGAGCUACUGACUUCCGAAUAAGUUAGUUCGAGUAAUUUCCAUGUUGAAAUUGCUCAAUAGGAGCAGUAACGUGCUGUAGCCGUGAUCGUUUUUAUUUGCUGUGCUGUGAUCAGCCGAACGCAAAAUAAAAGUGGACCCAGGAAUUGACCAUCUCUGGAGAGAAAGCACUGUGUCAGUGCUACCUCAACACUGUUUCAGUGCUGCCAGGGCUGUUUUGCCUGAGAAUCUCCCAUUUAUUAACAUAUUUCCAAAUGCUGGGCAGAGGCUGAGGUGUCUCCUGUGGGUAAAUUAUUGAAAUGUCACCUUUCUCGUUCCUGUUUAAUUUGCCUUUUUAACGUUCAACAACUGAGUGCUUUGCCAAUUGUGUUUAAGCUCUAAAAGUCUGCAGUUGUUUGUUCAGCCUAUGUUCUCCCCAACCUUUACAAUGGGGAGCAGCCCCAGGAGUGGCCUUGUGUUGCUAUAAUAUGCACUUUAGUUACAAGCUGUAAAAUAUCGUGUAUAAGAUUAGGACCAAUAACAGGCAUCUCAAGUACGAAAAGUUCUCAUUGCCAUGGACCAUCUGCCAUGUACGGAAAUGCGAGGGUAGAUGCAAGACCGAGGAGAGGCUUUCUGCAAUACAUUGUACAGCAGGUUAACCCAUAACGUUUACUUUAGUGAUAAAUUUGAGCAGCGAGAAAUUGAGAACAACUAAUGUAUUAUUAGCAUGGUACUUGUCGAGCUGGGAAAGGAAUGCCCUAACCUUUAGGCUUUGGCUCGCACAGUUAAGAACUUGUCUGCACCUGCACAUCCACUUAGGGUGACUGCAAAUCUGCCAGUUCAGCUCUGAGCGAAUCAUGCCUAACUCCUUUACCCUUUGCCUCCCUACCCACCAAAUAUAAUGUGUGGACAUUUUAUCCACAUUGUGAGGGUAAAGAGCUGAAUGAACCUACAGGAAUGGAACGCUGGACAUUCUGUUCCCAAGAGAGGUGCACAGGUAUUUAGCCACCUCUCUUCCCCCGCCCCCCUCUGCAUUAGCUUACCAUAAGCAAAUGUUGCGUAACCGAAACAAUGACACUUGUUGUGUCAUCUGCUUGCACAUGCCAUAAUUGAAUCGUGCAAGAGACAAAAUGAGAGUAACAGAGGCCAAUCAAUGUGACUGAUUUCCAGGCAGUUUCACCUCAGUUUGACCCUUUUCCACCCUACAUUUACUUUACUAUUGAUUCAGUUCUCUGCAAGUUCACGCACUUAUAUGAAAUUGAGUAUGUUACACAGUAUCACUUCAUUUCCCCUCCCACCGAAGAAAUGCUGAUUUAUCUGCCUGGAGUGGUCCAUCCUGCUAACGUUAUAUGGCCAAAAGUACCAUAACAAUAUGGCGGAAAACUCUGUUAGUGUCAUAUAUGCCGAUUCAAUUAGUUUACAAGACUGCCAGAGCACAAGUAGAAUGGAGAUAGAUAACUGGAAGCUCACUUGAGCAAAAGCAUGUAGCGAUCACUCCCACUCGGCAUUUAGAACAUUCACAAGAAAGUAAAAUUAAAAAUAUAUAUCCUUAAUCACCAUGAAUUAAAUGCAUUGUUUCAUUGCACAAGACAAACUGUUAGACAUUUUAUGGCACAUCUAUGAUUUGUUUUAUCUGCAGGCUGAAGGUGCAAUUUGUUUUAAUGUUGCUGUUACAUCGAAAUGAGGAUAAAAAUAUGUAGUACCAACAAUAUCCAAUGUUAAUUGCUUUUCUCACAGUUGCAUUAUAAAUGGCCUUUUCUACACUAUAUUUAAUAUAAAAUGUGCUGUUCUGUAGCGUUCUGUUAAAUCUCCAGGGUAUAACUGAAUAUUUUCACAUGGAAUUACUUUGGAUCCAGCCACAUAAUGAGUCUCUGAGUGAAUCUUUUCCUGCUCUCACUUGCUGGAUUCACAUAAUUAUGCCAGAGAUCUGAAAUUGUUGAAUCUAAAGAUUGAGCCUAAUGGUUUUGGACACCAGAUAAUCAAGCUCACAGAGACCAAAUAUUAACAAUUUAUUAUCAGCAAUGCAGAGGUACGGAAAAGGCAUUGUUACUUAAUCCGAAGAACAGGUAGAACGUGGCUUCUGCACUAUAUCUUCUCGAGUCUGCUCUCUUGUCAAAACAGCAGCUACAUUCAUAUCUGACUUGUUUACUACAUUUGAACACUUUCUUUGGCUUCUGCAUACCAAAACCAUCUGGUGGCAAAUACCUUUUCCACAUAACUGCACUAGACAAAAGCAAGGGCAUUAGAUAAAGGAGAACACAGCAUCUUCUAGCAAGGUUACAAAAGUUACAUGAGUACCAUCAUCAACAAAAUUUCAAUUGAAGGUACAGCAGUACAAAUGUUUAGUACUUUUCAUUAUAGGCAAAAUACAUAGCAGUACAACACAUAAUCAGCAGUGUACAAGAUCUAGGUUUGCCUUGAUCAUAUUUUGGUAGGUACACUGCAGAACAGACUUAAGUCACAAAGCAGUAAUGGUUUGUGAAUGAUAUGAAGUGCUUACAGUUUACAAACUUUUUUUUGUAUAAUUACAAUCUAUAUCUAUUGGAAUUGUUUCCAAAGGCAUGUGUUUCCAAUCUGUACUAAAUUUCUUUCUAUCUGAUUUGUAUUAUACUGUACUUUUGACAUGUUUUUGCUUGUUCCGCUGGGACUUAUUUCAGGUUUAUCAGAGUCAUAAUAAUAAUAGUAAUCCUUGCAUUUGAUGUAGCGCCUUAUC